GCAAAGAUAUAAGGGUCAGCUGCGCGGAAGUGAAAAGUUAAAGUCCAGAGACUGAGCUCGUUCGGAGGCUUCCUCCUCGUUUCUCCUCGUUUCUCCUCAUUUCUCCUCAUUUCUCCUCAUUCCUCCUCAUUUCUCCUCCGCUCCUCAGCACCUGACACAAACCAACAUGGCGAACGGCCAGGUAGAAAUCCACGACCCCUUCAUCAACCAGCAGGACGUCACGCGCGAUGAAGACGAGGAUGCUGCGUCUUCCUCAGACACCGAGGACAUGGAGGACACGCCGGAGUUCCGCCUCCUCAUGGCCUACGCCAGGAGGAGGCGAGGGAACAGGGAGUCACCUGGACAGAAUGGGAAUGGAACCCCCCAACCUUCGAAGCUCAUGAUCUGUCUUGACACGAGGGAUGACGAGAAGCCGAAGAAGAAGAAGAAAGGAUGGAAACGACUUUUGAGAUGCAUCCAACCUCAGACACGGGAUGAGGAACCGCAACAGGCUUCUAAUCCGCGUGACGAGGGCUUGGACAGAUGUAUUUUUAGGGAAUGUGAACCUGUAGAAAACAAGGAUUUCGACAAAGCUGCCGAGUGUCUGACGAAGAUCGCAGACGAUAUCCCCUUCGUGCCUUCAGUCAUAGAGACGGACUCGUCAGACGACAACGUGGAGCGGAUGAUUGGUCUCCUGCUGAGGGAGAAGGGAGACGAGCUGAACGAGAGGGAGCUGAAGGAUCUCUCGUUAGACAAAGACUUCUUCUGGAGCUACGACUUCUUCAAGGUGAUCAUGACGACCCUCUUCAGCCGGAUGGGCUUCAGGACCUCGGACCCCGACUCCCCGGGGCCUCAGGCGUCGCCCAAAGCCAACAUGGCCUUGGCCUUAGAGGCCACCCAUCGCCUGGCAGCGCUGGAGACGCUGCCCAGUAAACGGAUAAACAACUACGGAGCCAAAUACGUGAAGGAGAAUCACUCGUCCUGGGCUCAAGAGCAAGGAGGAUACGAGGAAGCGUUCGAGCACGACGACGACGACGAGGAGGAUUAGUGGAAACCUGCCAUGAUGGACCUCCAGGGGGCGCUAACCCCUACGGUUCACUCAGUUAAUCCUUAACCCUGUUUUUAAAAUGUUCUCAGGGAACAAAACAAGACCUUAAACAACUUAUAACUUCAAUUUAGUCAUUUGUCUUUUCUCUUGGGCCAAACUUUUACAAAUCUCACCGGUACUUUGGGCCAAAGAAGAGAGAAUGUUUGUACUGUACCGCUCUUCUCAUCCAGUUGGAAAUGAUUGUAGCUCGUGUUUCUUGGGGGAAGUGUCGGGUCUGUAGACUUUUAAUCAACAGGUUAUUUUCUGUUUUAUAGUUUAAAAACAACUUUCUUCGGACAAGUUGAGUUAUGCUGAGCAAAUGCACUUUUUUUUACGUGAAUAAAAAACAGUAAAUCUGUAGCUUGAAGACAAGAUGGAUGAACUGAGGGAUGUGUUGAUUCUGUGUAAUUGUUGGUGGUCGGUGAUGCAUGUGCGUAUUAAUUUAAAUGUUUGAUUUUGAUAAAUGUGUGAACUGUA